GACCGUUAGCUCGUUGCUACAGGUAACUAAACAAGCGAGUUGGUGAUUGUAUUGGUUGCGGCUUUCAACUAUCGUAUUUAAAUUCCAAGAUGCCGAGACCGCGAUCAGCUUCAUCGGAUGCCAGCGAUGCAGGAGAGGGAAUGGCUCAAGAAGAACUACAAAGAUUGAAGAGGAGUUACAGAUCGACUGAAGUUAAUAAACAGCAAUAUACUAAUGAGAGUCAAACCCUUAUCCGUAAACAGAGGCAAGAACUUGAGCAACUUGACAAAAGCAUUCAAGAGUGUCUAAAAGAGCUACGUCUAAUUGAAUCAACAUCCAACAAAAAGAAAGACGAUACAAACGUAAACUCUCUGACAGAUUUAGGAAAUAAACUAACUGAAACGGAGAAAGCAAUCGUUGAUGAAAUUAGACAGCAGGAGGAUCUAAAAGCUGAAAUUAAGGAAUGGGAAGCUAAAUGUAAAAAGCAAAACCAAAACAUGGGAGGGUCAAAUAUGUCCCAUCAGCACAAUGUUAAAGUUCAGAGAAAUAUCGGAAAACUAGAAAAUCAAUUGGAUCAAGCAAAUAGCAGAUUUUCAAAGUUGCUAAGUACGAAUGCGAAUUUAAGAAACGAAAUCGAGUCACUAAGAGUUGAACGAACUCGUUUCGAUAAUGUUUAUAAGAAAUUAGAACGAAAAUUGAACGAUUUGAAAAGAGAGACAGGAGAAGUUAUAGACAUAUCAACGCAAGCUUACGAUCAAAGAGAGGAUGCUCAAACGAAGAUGAUUCAACUUAAGGAAAAAUCCGAUAAAGAUAUUGCACAGCACAAUGCCGAAAUGAAGGAAUUAAUGAGAAUAAUUGAUCACGACAGAAAACUGAGAGAGUUUAUGAAUGUUAAAGGUGCUGAUAGAGAGGAAGACCCACAACAGAGAGCUUGGAAACAAAACAUCGAAAAAAGAGAAGCUCAAAGACGAAAAGCAUCUCAAACCGACACUGUUGAAUCGUACGAACAAGCGAUGGAGAGAAUUAAGGAAAUCACACAAGAAAAUGAUAUUCAAAUGUUGGUUAAAAAAUUUAUAGAAGUAGAGGAUAAAAACUUCGCUCUUUUCAACUAUGUUAAUGAACAAAACAAUCAAAUUGAGCAGUUGCAAAACGAAAUUUCAGAGAUACAAGAGAAUAUUGGAAAGUAUGAGAAGGAAGGUACCGAAAUGGAAGAGGAACGGAAAGAUAUCAUGAGACGUUUGGAAAAUCGUCAACGUAAUGCCUCAAAAGAAGCAGAUGUCUUUGAAGAAAAACAUAAGGCUGUUAUGAAAAUAUUAGAUCAACUGAAAGACGGCAUACAAUCAUUGUUUGACAAAAUCAAUUGUGAUAAGAACGCUUUGGGUGAUAUGCUGGGAGCGCAGGAGGGAAUGAAUGAACAGAAUAUUAUGCAAUACAUGGGUCCCAUUGAACAACGUACAAAUGAACUUCUCAAAAUACAAGGCUACGUCUUGAUGCAAAAAGAUCACGAUCAAGAUUUUACCAAAAAACAACAUAGUUUAUUAGGUGAGGGACCCGCACCACCUCAAAACCUUCCAAUAAUUGAACCCCCGUCUGUUGGAGACGAUUUGGAUAGCGAUCCAAACGAAGUGAGUGACGAUGAAAGGCGGCCAAUGACAAGAACGGAAUUGGAACAAAAGGCUCUUAGGUCAGUCCAUAAGCGAGAAGCAACAAUGAAGAACCAGCCUUUCAGAUAUGAUUUGGGAAAUAAUGACAAAGGAAAGAAAAAGGAAAAGGGAAGAAAAUAUUGAUCUAGAUUAUGGAGACAUCAUUAACAACAAAUAAAUAGUAUCUACUUUAUUAAUGAAAUAUCUGCUUAUGUUUAUUUAUUAUACAGAAUUAUUUUUUUUUAUAUUAAAGAAAGAAUUAAAGAAUUAAAGCUUCGUAACAUUAAUAAUUCCUUUAAUAUAAUAUCCAUCUAUUGGAUCGUCAAAUAAAAAAAAGACUAUCUUGUAAGGUGCAGAGAAGUUAUAGGACUAAAUUUUGUCAUUGUAGUUACUACAUACUUUCAUUUCAAUUAAAAUCUACCAAGUGAGCCUCCAAGUGGUUUUCCCGGAAAUAUAGCACAAUAAUUUAAUAAAAAUUAUUCUAUACCAAGGCAAUCAACUAAUCAGCUUUGGAAGAGACAUGAGGCAAGAAAUGGAUAGAGGAGGAGGAUAUAUUAAUAUACUAAUAUAUAUAUAAACUGUAUAUAUAUAGUAAACAUAUCAAUCAAUUGUAAUUAAGCGAAUCAAGCCCUUCGAUAAUAACGAGAUUCCGGAAAAGAAAAGAUAAUAAUCCCAUCAAUAAGAAAAAACAAGCAUACUGAGACAAGGAAAAAAGCCUUAGAGAUUAUUUUUCAUAAAAUUGCUAACUCUCUUUCAGAGUUUAUAUUAUAGAAAGUAGGUAUAGAUUAUUUUGGAAUAGCAUAUAUACAUACACAUCUUAUAAAAGAAAAAGGUAUGCUUAUUGGUUGCUGAAAAAUUAAAAUGUAAGCCUCUUAAGGAAAUUGAAGCAUAUGCUAUGACUAUUUUUCUCUAAGAUAGCUUCUUAAGCUCCAAAAUAGAUAUGAAAAAAUAAAUUGAUUUCAAAUCUAAACUAUUUCUAGUAAAAUUAUAAAUUUUUCAUUAUUCUGAAAGGCUUUUUUCUUAAAUCUUUUUAAUUAACUUUUUUUAAUUAACUUUCAUCGGUUAUAGUACAAGCAAAAAGCGUUCUUCAUUAAGCGCAGUUCCGCAUUAAAUCAAGACAGUCGGAAUUACAAAUUAAUCAACUGUAAAUUAACUUCUUUUGGUUUGAGAAGCUUGCUAUCUUAACAAAACUAAAAAGUAGGAAUCGAUUUAAGAACAAGAACAUUCUUUUUUUCUAAUUAGUAUUUUGGUAGGAUAAAUUGAAA